GCCAAGGCUAAGGCGGCGCCGGCCCGCCCAGCCCCGCGCUCGCCCCGCCCGAGGAGGGACCCGAGCCUACAACGGCCGCAGCGCCGGGCGGCAGCGCCGAAGGAAGGGCCAAGGGGACUGUGUGCGCUUGCAGGGAGGGCCCUUGCUCCCGAGGAAGCCGCGGCAAGCCCUGCCCCCUGCCCUGCGCUCAAGUGCCCCUAGGAUCUGGCCCUUCCUGCCUCAGAGGAGCCGAAGGCAAAGAACGACGGAUUCUUUGCUUUCCAUGCUACCCGCACAACAGUCCUGCAAGGGAGCUCAGGCCGAGGGGUGCUGGCUGCCCGAGUCCCCCCAGUGAGCAGCCCCUUUGAGCAGGGGGUGGGCCUUGACCCCCCAACUCUCCAUGAUGCCACCAGGCUCGUGGCCGCUCCAGAACCUGCUUGCCGCGUCUCCUCAGCCCAGGGCCAGGGUGCUCAAGGCGGCCAACUCCACAACAGCUGCAAGGGAGGAGAGGUCGAGCAGGAGGGAAGGAAUGGCGGUGGGCCUGGGGCCCUCCUGCCCGCCAGAGCCUGGUAUCCAGAGGGGGGCCUUGCUUCGUGGAGGUUGAGAUGCACGUUGCUAUGGCGACAGCGUCCUGGCAACAACUCCCAGCUGCUGCUUGCCUCCUUCAUCUAUGAGGCCAAGGCCCAGCAAAGAAGAGGCGAGGGGGGUUGCUUGUCAAUGCAGCGGCAGAAAAGGAGCAAGGGAGGGGCAUCGGGACGUCCCAGCUGCAUCCAUGCAAGCCUUUAGGUGUAGCUGCUGAUCAGAGAAAUACCUACACAGCUAAACGCAAAGAGGGCAUGCUGUAGAAGAAGAUUCAGGGCACUCCUGCCCUGCCCUAGCCAGACCCAGGCAUAAAUUCUUGGAAAGAGAGAAUGGCACAGCGCAGCCCAGUCUUCUUGACUCUUGGCCCGACUGAAAGACGCAUCAGGAACAUUCCACUCCACAGCCAAGCUCUGACGGCCGUUCCUCUUGGGUCAGCAAGACUCGUGGACCAGCUGGAAGACAGGAUUCUCAGCCAUGAGAAGACGACGGCUGCCCUUGUGGAACACGCUUUUCGCAUCAAGGAGGACAUCGUCUGCACGCUGCACAGGAUGCAAAACAAGGGUGGUGGGGACCGGCUAGCCAGGCAGCUCUUGGAGGAACACAUCCGCAACAUCACCGCCAUCGUGAGGCAGCUGAACCGGGACAUUGAGGUGCUACAGGAACAGAUCCGUGUCAGGGAUAACCUCAGUUAUGGAACAAAUUCUACACUGAAGAGCCUGGAGAUGCGUCAGCUGUCUGGUCUGGGCGAUCUCAGAGGUCGAGUUGCAAGGUGCGAUGCUGGACUAGCCAGACUGUCUGCUGAGCACAAAGUCACCUAUGAAAGACUUCAGAACCUGAGCAAAGAUCAGCAGGCAACUAAACUGAUCUUGGAAUCUAAAAUAAAAGAAGCUGAAAUACAGAUUUCUCACCUUUUAAGCAGAAUAGAGCAGUCAAUCAUGCAACAAGAAGCCAAACUAAAACUUACAUACAAAGAUAGCAACCAACAGCUCCACCUUCUGGACACAAAAUUACAGGAUGCCAUUGAUUACCUCACGAACCAGAUCUCAUCCACACGAAGCUGGAUGGAACAGGAGCACAACCGGUUUGAGAAAGAGUUUCUGGAGAAGAUUGAUCAGCUGUCUCUGGCCAUAAAGGGGAAAAGUGAAAUGGACAGCAGAGCCUUAGAGACGCAAUUCAGCGAGAUCCAUGGGAAACUCGAUAAAAUGGAAGAUGUGCAAAAGAUCACCACAGAAGAACAUGGCGCAAAAGAAGCCGAAGACAGACUCAACAUCCAGCUCAGCAAGCUUCAGAUGGACAUUAAUGAAGAUAUCAAAGAAGUGAAAGCUGAGGUUAAUGCUGGAUUUGCCACCAUCUACGAGAGCAUUGGAUCUCUGCGGCAGGUUCUAGAAGCCAAAAUGAAGCUGGAUAAAGAAGAGCUUCAGAAGCAGAUUCAGCAGAUGAAGUAAAGGCCCCAGAAUGCUUACCUGAGCAGGUAGAAGAAGGAUGGAUCUGAAGUCUGCCUAUUAACGUUGACCAGGCUAAAAUGUAAAUUUAAUGCAUGGAUGGAGCUGCAUGCUCUGACUUUGUGGAGCUGUACGGUUACUGUAAAUAGUGAAAAGGUGGCAUUGCUACCAAAACUUAAUGCUUUUUACAGAAGACCUGUGAGGACCACUGCCCUGUAACUUCAGAUCAAAAUUCCAUUGUCUUCAGAAGCUUGCCCUUGCAUGAAUUGGGCCACAGAUUUUUGUCGUCUCUAAAUGCCGUGAGCAGAGCCAUAUAUUCCAACAUGUUGAGAGACAAGAGCCUACAAGGCAGUUAAAUGAAGGAAGAGCUGCAGUUCAAAGUAGUUCAGUCAGUUCCACCAUAGAAUCGUUGAACUGGGUCGAAAUCUGCACACUUCAGCCAUAAUUGGUUUAUGUUGUGGGACAUAAAUUCCACUAAAAUCAAGAACAAAACUCUGCUGGACAGCAUCCAGAAUCGGUCAGCUGAUAACUGUUGCAGGCAGACCAGGCAUUUGCAGGGCAGUCUGCUGGUGAAGGCCCAUGCUAUAUUGCAUGUUAUGCUCCUCCUUUGGUUUUCACAGAUGUAUACCCUUAUUUAUUUUAUUUGAGAUGGGUGUAAACCCUGUGGCCCUCCAGCGGUUGGACUCCAGCUGCCCUCAUCAUUCCUGACCAUUGGCUGUGCUGGCUGGAGGGGCUGUUGCGGGAUGGAGGGCACCACCUGGACCCUGUCCCUGUAUUUAUGGUCCGCUCCAUAGUCCCAAGGAGCCCAGUUGCCCCCCAGCUGGCAGUUGCGGACAAGGAAGGGGCUGGCUUGUGCAGCUGGGGCAAGCUGAGCAGACCCGGGCCAGCUGGGGAGGACGAGCCUCAGAGGGAGGCAAUGGGAAACCCCCUCUGAAUGACGCUUACCAUGAAAACCCUAUUCAUAGGGUCGCCAUAAGUCGGGAUCGACUUGAAGGCAGCCCAUUGCCAUUUUCAGUUUUUCAGGAACCUUCCAAAGCAGUUUUACAUGAAAAUGUUAAAGCAAUCAGCAUCCAUCGAAACUAUGUCAAUAAUAAUAAAUCAGCAAAGAUGAACUAGGAAGGGAGAAAGCCGUUUGAGAGCGAGAUCUCUCCUUGCCUCCACGCAAGGCUGUUCUUGGCUAGCCCUCUGAUGGCAGCACUUGAGAGCGGGGGGGGGGGGAAGGAAAGAGGGAGAGCCCCCCUCGGCUGGAACACCAGGGACUAAGUGGGGGUGAGCAGUUCUCCAGGCUGACCUGGCUGUUCUCUCUCUCGCUCACUAAGGGCUUGGGGCAGAUCACGAGAGACAUCAUUCUGUCCAUCCUCCCGGUUUUCACUCUGACUGUUUCCUUUCCCUCCUCCUUCAGACCCUCCUGCGUCCUUCCAGCCUGUUUCCUCCUCCUGGUUCCUCUUUCUUCGGUCUCUUUUUCCUGCCUUCAGGGUUUUUGCCUGCCCUGCCACUGGCUGAACUGCUCAGGUCUUGACAAUCCGCCCAUUGUGCCGCUCUGCCAGUCAUGGCAGGCCAUCUUGUCCAGUCAGGGCCAGAGAGUCCAGCACUUUCUACACAGGAGGUGCCAGGUUCCAUCCCUGGAAGCCUCGCUAGUUAAAAAACGGACCACUUCUUAGGAAGCUGCCUUACACGGAGGCAGUCCAAUGACCAGCCGAGUUCAGUGUUGUCUGCUCUCUGGGGUUCCAGAGAGGGGCUUCUUCCACCCCAGGAACCAGGGACCUUCUGCCUGGGGAGGGGAUGCUCUGCCCCUGAGCUGCAGCUCUUCUCCAAGAUCGCCAGUGAUGGGGAAGACCCUUCUUUGCCCAAGACCCUGCAGAGCCGCUGCUGGUGGUCAGAACGGACAACACUGACUUGUUUUGAGGCAGCUUUAUCUGUUCCGCACAAAGACAGAUGACAGUGCCCCACUGCCCCUCAAAAGCUCACCAUCUCCAGCUUUCAAAACCCUCAGCCCAGCAUCAGGAAUCUCCUGCUGUCAUUCCUCUAGGGCCCAAGGGCCACAUUCCCUCUAGGCCAACCCUCCAGGGUCCACAUGCCACAGCGGGCAUGGGCAGAGUGUGGCUAACUCACAUACAUGCAUCACAUACAUACAUGCAUGUGUACUCAAAUGUAUGCACGCCCUCUCUCCCCACCCCAUCAAUUAGGCUGGGGGGGCAUUUUAGCUACUUUCAGGCCUAAGGGGUGAUCUUCCUGAAGCUGCAGGAGGCAGAUUGCUCCCUCCGAUUCCAGCCCUGUGACAGGUGGGCUUGCAAGGGGGGAAACGCUUGACUGGAAUGGCUAGAUUAUAGAAGGCUUUUUCCAGAGCCUAAUUAUGUUGCAGGGGGACAUUUUCAGGGAUGGGGGUCUCGGUGCAUGUGGAGAGAAGCCAAGGGCUAACAAAGCAGUGGGUAUCUAUAUCCACACAUAGUUUUUAAAAAUAAAUAAAUAGCCAUGGUUAAUUGCUGCUGGAGAAUCUGGAGCCUUUUUUUUAAUGAGAAGGCCAGAAGAGCCCAGUUCAAAGCUAUGCAUUUUGAAGCCCCGUUUCUUUUUCAGUGGUAAAAUUAAACAUGUCUGCAACUCUUUCCCAUUGACAUCAGUGAGGCUUAACCUUUCAUCACCAGGACUGGAGCAUCUUCAGUGUAAUUUGUAUUUGAGCCUUUCUACAGAAACAUUGCCUUCAACUGGACCAGCAGGUGACUCUGUACAGGUGUUUUAGCAAGCGUUUUAACAAAAUGACCUUUCACUUUAUUUUACCUCUCUCUCUCAUACAGUAUGUGUGUGUGUUUGUAUUUAAUUUAAAAAAGUUUCAAUUUUUGUAACGUCACAUGGUAUCACUGGGUAUUUUGCAACAUCUUCUGAUUGCUAACAUGAUGAUGAAGAGAUAGGCCAAGUGAAUAGAAAAUACGGAAUUGUAGUGUAUAUCGGUUGUGCCAGGACCAGAGCUUGGAAGAUUACUUUGAAAAAGUAAUAAAUUACAGUUACAGUUACAUGGCCCCAAAAAGUAGUAAUUACCGUUACAAUUACAGUUGCUCUGAAAGUAACUGAUUACUUUACUUUUACCCAAAAGUAAUUGCUACAAUUACAUUUUAGUUACUUUAAAAAAAUUGCCUACAAGGUGCUGGCCUUGGCUGCUGCACAUCUAAGUAGCCUAAAAUAACAUUAAAAAUAAGCACACGCACACAGAGGGUAGUAGAAUAAUUUUUUUUAUCCGUAAGAUUAACAGAAUGGCAUAACAGAAUCUCACAUCCCCUCACCCCACCCCCAGCAAUGAUGAUACCCCAACACACAUUUUUUUGUAUAUAUAUAUUGCCUCCAGCUCUUUUCUCCUUCCACUCCUGUCCGUUUUUAAACAAUUGUUUUCUCCACGCCAUCUCGCUCUCCACCUCCUCCCUCGUUGCCUCCUAAGCACCCAUAGAGCAUGAAGGAAGAACAACGCUGCACAUAAGCCCAAUUUGAAGCACACGAUUUUUAUUCACAAAUCAGAGGAGCAGAAGACUUCCCCUGCUCUCCCCCAAGUAAUGCACAAAAGUAAUGCUGGAAACAUUAUAAUUACUCCUCAAAAGUAAUCAAGUUACUACUUGUUCUAUUACCAGCAAAAUGUAAUGAAGUUACCCACUCGUUACUCAAAAAAGUAAUAAAUUACAAGUAAUUCGUUACUUGUAACUAGUUACUACCAAGCUCUGGCCAGGACCAUAGCCAUUUCAGAGAGAGGGGAUACAUCGGGGCUGCCCCACUCAGACAGAUUUCAACCCCCUCACUGAAUUCCGUGGUUCAGUGUAGAGCCGGAAACAAGUCCCCACCCCCCACCUCUGAAGCCCUUGAGAGCUGCAGCCAGUCAUGGUGGAUGGUCUGAUUUAUACAUAAGGCAGCAGCUUCCUGUAUAAUCCUGAUUUUCAGCUUUAGCUUGUUUAAGUAAAUCUUUAGCCCCUUUAAAGGAAAAAUAUACAGGCAGAAUUCUACUCAGUUGCUCUGUUAAGUAGAAAAUUUGCUCCCACCUUCCAUUGUGUUGGCCAAUAAGAACAAAGGCA